UUUUCAUUUUUACUUCAAUCAUGUCGCUAGCUUUGUGUUUAUGCACUGCUUUGUUUGUUUUCGUAAUGAUCUACUGUAAUUAAGUAUAAUUUACAAGCAAAAGAUAUGCUAGAUCGUUCAUGAAAGGUUGUUAUGUUAUAACAAAAUGCCUUAUUACUGUACGGUGCCGCGUUGUACUUCAAUGGCCGGUAAAGCUAAAGAUGUCUCAUUUCAUCAAUUUCCUAGAGACGAAGACUUAGCCAAUAUUUGGAAUAAAAUACUCAAACGAGGCAAACCGUAUACAAAAUAUUCGAAAGUUUGCAGCUUACAUUUCAAGCCAGAAGAUUACACAAUUACGAGCGGACAACGAAAUAAAGGACAAUGGAGAACACUAAGGAAAGAUGCUAUACCAUCCCAGAACCUACCAAUGGAGUCACCUCGGUCGUACCAGAAAACUGACUCAUCAUGGAUUCCACAAUCUACAUACUAUAUAUAUUUACAGAUGCAACAGCAGAUGGCUCAAGCAAUAUACGUUCAGACAAUGCUGGCUAUGCAAGCCGCUAGUAUAUCUGCCCUUAAUACUAAAAAUUCAGUAUCCGAUGAAGUAAAAUCUGCAAUACAAUUAGAAAUGAACAACGAUAAUGCCCAAGCAAAGGAAUAUCAAGAAAUUUCUAGAAUACUAAACAAAGACACACACACAUUCAAAUGUGAACUUUGUUUGAAAUGCUUCAAAGAUCCAGACGUUUUCCUUCUCCACCAAAGAUGUCAUACAAAAUCUGAAACACUAGAUACGAAUGAAAUGUUAAAAGCAAAUCCCAUUCUGGCAAAUCUGCUCAAAUCAGACAAACCUCAGACGUCUGUAGAGGAAUCUGACGGUGUUAUGAAUGCGCAAAAUGUGAAAAUUAUAGAGAAUCAAAUGAUGGCAGCCAUUACAGCCAACAUGGAGAACUAUUUGAAGACUAUUUUCGAUUCUAAGAUAAAUGACAAUGAUAAUAAUUAUGAUACAGAUUCAGAGGGAACGACUAUCUGUGAUAAUGAAGACUUAGAUUAACUAGAAUUAAAUUAUAAAAAUAAUUACUUAAUAGUCCGGUUAAGAAAAUUGUGAAGCAUCGCUGUCAUUUAGUCAAGUCCCAUUUUUAUUAUAAUUUCUCCCUUCCUUUUUCC